AUGGGUCAAGGGACAACAACAGCUCCGAGCGCAGCAGCAGCAGCAGCAGACGCGAGGAGUCUGCUGCUGGACCAGCCCGGCAGCAGAGCAGCAGUCUUGCUUGCUGCGUUGCAGAAGCAAACGCUGCAGCAGCAGCAGCAGCAAGACAGCCUAGCACCGCAUGCAGCUGCAUCACGUUCGGCUGCUCUUUACUUGAACGCGUUGCUGCCGCAGCAGGGAGCAGCAAAUCGGCAGCAGCAGGAGCAGCGUGCUGCGCGGCUGCUGCAGAUGCAGCAGCAGGCUGUGGCGGCCGCCGCAGUGGCUUCUUCGUACAAGCUGCAGCAGCUGCAGCAGCUGCAGCUGCUGCAGCAGCUGCAGCAGAAGCAGCAGCAGCUGCAGCAGCAGCAUGUGAGCGAGAGCGGGGGACCUUCUGCUGCUGCCUCGCCCUCUUCAGCCCCAAAGACACAGCCAAGCUCAAUUUCAGAGCCAGCAGCAGCAGCAGCAGCACCAGCAGCAGCGCAAGCAACGGCUUUACACCUGCAGCAGCAGCAGCAGCAGCAGGCGCAGGGGGCCCCUGUUGCAGCAGUGGACAACUGGGUGCAGUGCGAAGCGUGCAAGAAGUGGCGGCGGCUGCCUGUGGGGAUCGAUCCCGAGACGCUCCCAGAGACUUGGCUGUGUUCGAUGAUGUAUUGGGACAGCAGCAGCAGCAGCUGCGCAGCUCCUGAGGAGGACUACAGGGAGGAGCAGCAGCAGCAGCAGCAGCAGCAGCAGGUGCAGCUGCAGCUGCUGCAGGGGUCCGGCUUUGACGGCCUCGCGAGAGACUUCGACGAGGCGGAGCCCGAGUGCUUCAGCCACCAGCAGGAGCACCAGCAGCUGCAGCAGCAGCAGCAGCAGCAGCAGCUCGCUGCAGCAGCAACUGCCACGGCCACGGGCGCCACCAGGAGGCGCACCAGGAGCUCCUUCGUUGCUGCUGCUGCUGCUGCAGCAGCAGCAGCAGCAGCAGGAGCAGCAGGUGAGGCUAAGAGCGCCAGUGACUCCAGCAUCAGGAGGAUGGACUACAAUGUGUCUCCUGGGGGAUACUGUUCUGCUGCUUCUGCGUCUCUGCCUUCCUCUUUGCCGCAUCUGCCGCCGCAUCUGCAGCAGCAGCAGCUGCAGCUGUUGCAGCAGCAGCAGUUCAACGCGACGCAGCGAGCAGCAGCAGCAGCAGCAACGGGAGACUGCCGACACCUUGCUGCCAACUUGGAAGGGACCUUCUGCAGCCAGCAGCACCCCGGAGCAGCAACAGCAGCAGUUGCUGCUGCUGAUCUAGCAGCAGCAGCAGCCAUACCCCCAGGGGCAUCCGAACUAGCUGUCACGCUGCUGCGGGCGCCACUGAGCAGCAGCAAAUAUCAUCCUGUGUCAGACCGGCUGCUUGUGUCUUGCCCGGACGGGGGGACUACGAGUUGCUGGGCAGCAGAGCUGCAGCAAGACGUGGUCCACUUGCGGCUGUUUGAUGUGCUACGGAUGGCUUCUGCUGCCCGCCGUGGGGCCGUGAACAGCAGCAGCAGCAGCAGCAGUGCAGCUGAGGACGGCGCUGCUGCUGCUGCAGGGGGCGGCUGCAGCGGGAGCUACUACGAGAUGGAGGGCCAGCAGCAGGGGCCGGGAGACAGCCUGGGCAGCAGCAGACAAGCCCCCCGUGCUGCUGCUGCUGCUGCUGCUAACCCAGACGCAUGCGUGCAGGUCGACUUUGCGCAUGCUGUCAAGUGGCCAGGCCUGGAGUCUUUAAGUGCUGCUGAGGAGGAAGAUGACUUGCCCUGCGAAUCAGUGUCCUGCAGCAGCAGCGAGGACGAAGCAGCAGCAGCAGCAGCAGCAGCGCCGGCAGUAGCAGCGGGGCGAGAGGCUGCAGCCCCCGCAGCAGCAGCGAAGGCAGCAGCAGCAGAGUGCCCCAACCGCUGCCUCGUCAUUGCCCAGAAUCCCGCAAGCCCUGCUGCAUUUGCUGUUGCUGCUGCUGCGCUGCAGCCGCGGGAGCUGCAGCAGGUUGCUGCUUCUCUUACGGAGCAGCUGCAGCAGUGCUGCCCUGUGCUGCAGGGCAAAAUUCCUUAUAAGGUUUUGAAGACUUACAGGCGCAUGCAGCGGGGACCCCUGGGCAUGUACGGGCAGGAGCAGCAGCAGCAGCAGGAACGGCUGCAGCAGCGGAUGCUCGAGGAGCAGCAGAUGCUGCUGCAGCAGCAGCUGGACCAGCAAAAGCGCCUCGUGGCAGCAGCAGCACACCCUGUCUACCAAGUUUUGGAUAUCCGCGAGCUGCUGGGUGCCGUGUGUCUUGCAGACCCAUCAAUGAAGCCGCAGCAGCAGCAGCAGCAGCAGCACCAGCAGCAGCAUAUACGCAAGUUUGCCCCCCCUGAUGACGUGGCCCCCAGCAGCAAACGUCCACGAAGAGCAGCAGCAGCAACUGCUGCCGCUGCCUACGCUCCUGACGCUCUCGAGGAAGCUGCUGCUGCUGCAGCAGAUACCGCGCAGUCUGAAGCAGCAGCGGCUGACGUUGCUGCUGCAGCGACUGUUGCUGCUGCAGCAGACAUCGUUGCUGCAGCGCAGAACCUUGCUGCUACUGCUGCUGAUGCACAGACAGCGACAGCCAAGAGGGAGGCAACGGAGCAAAUUUUAUCCGCAGCAGCUGCAGCGGAAGCAGCAGCAGCAGCAGCUGCUGCUGCUGCUGCUGCUGCGACGGAUAUCAGCUGCAGCAGCAGCAAGGACGGCGCUGAAGCAGAACAGUCGCCUAGAGAAGGAGGUGAUGUCCCUUCUCUGGCUAGCGGUGUUGCAGUAGCAGAGCAGCAGCAGCAGCAGCUGUUGCUGCUGCCUCUGCGGCGUGGGCAGCAGGAAGGAGUUGCUGCAGCACAGGAUGGCCAGCUGGGUGCAGGUGCUGCAGAAGCAGCAGCCGCAGCAGCUACCGCAGAAGCAGCAGCAGCUGCUGAAGUUGACGCAGCAGCUGUUGCUGUCGAAGAAUAUAUAGACACAACCAGUGGCCCGGGCCCACUGGUCACUGCAGCAGCAGCAGCUGCUGCUGCUGCUGCAGCGGAAGCAGAACCAGAAGCAGCACCCGGAGCAGCAGCUACUUCUCCUAAGGGAGAAUUAUUGACGGCGGGCGUGGAGCAGCAGGAUUUGGAGGAAGAAGCAGCAGCAGCUGAGACAGCAGCCGCAGCUGAGACAGCAGCAGCAGCUGAGUCAGCAGCAGCAGCUGAGACAGCAGCAGCAGCAGCAGAAGCAGAGGUAGAACCAGCAACACCAACACAGAGACGGGAAAGAGCAACAGAAACGGAUGAGCAGGAAACAUCAGCUAGCCAAAUUGUGUCAGCAGCAGAAGCAACAACUGCAGCAGCAGCAGCAGCAGCAGUACAGUCGGCAGCAGCAGCAACGGAAGAGGCAGCAGACAGGGCGAAUGAGGAUGUGGUAGCGGCAGCAGCCGCGACUGCAGCAGCUGCAACAGCAACAGCAGAGUCUGAGGCGGCAGACGCAGCUGCUGCGGCAGCACCAGAAGAAGCAGCUUCUGCACCUCCGCAUGCGGCAGCAGAAGACCCAGCAGCAGCAGCAGAAGGCCUUGCGGCAGCAGCAGUGGAGGGGACAGCAGCAGUGGCAGACGAAGAGGCAGCAGCAGCAACAGACGCGGCACUGACAGCAGCAGAAGCAGCAGAGGCUCGAGAGCCCGCCGUGUCUACAGCAACAAGCACUGCAGCAAGAAGAGCCGCAGCAGCAACUGCGGGCAAGGCAGAGCCGGCGUUAGCAGCAGCAGCAGCAGCGACAACGGCUUCACCAGCACCUAGCCACACAGCAGCAAAACCAGCAGCAGCCGCAGCAGCAGCAGCAGAGGAAGAUGACGACGAUGAUGGAAGAGACCCCUGGGCCCCUCUGUCUUCUCCGCUGCGGGAAGAGCUGCCUAUCA